UGUAAACAAACACCUCCAUCAAUAGUUCCUAGCGAGGAUAAGUACGAUAGAUUUUUCUCUAGUUAGGAAUGCGCUUAUUUUACUAAAUUUUAUUAUCAAUCUAAUAAGUAAAUUAUAUUUUAUCAAUGUACUCUGUAUUUGGUUUCACUUGUAAAAGCUGUUAAUGAGUUAGUAACAAGCUUCCUAGAGAACUGAGGCAACAUUCUCUCUACUCAAGACGGGAAAAUCUUCAUGAUGACAGAAAAUGAACGAUGGCUCACAGCCCAUCACGACCCUCUGGCAGCCCUCUACACAUUCAGUGCCUGCAUGGCUCUGGCUGACCUUCAUGGGGAUGGAGAAUCCAAACUCAUAAUUGCUGACCUUGGAACUGGAGCUUAUAACAUGAAACUCAAGGUCUACAAGGGUACCAGUUUAAUGUCGGAAAACACACUCAUUGACCUCCCAACGGGAGUUAUAACCUUUCAUAUGGACACCACAGAGCCCCGAGUACCUGCUGUUGCUGUCGCAUCUGGAAGCUAUAUCUACAUCUACAAAAAUCUUAGGCCAUAUUUCAAGUUUACAUUGCCAACUUUAGAAGUGAACUCUGCAGAAUUUGAUGCCUGGAGCCAGGCCCGAGAUGAACUGUUAGAUGUGAGCAUGCUGUAUGAGAUCCUUGACUCGUUGAGACAAGAGGUGGGAGAGUGUGGACUUACAACACGAUCUCAGCGGUUUCUUAUGUGUCCUGACCAUGCUAGCCAAGCAACCUUCCUCAACCAGCACAAAGGAUUCAUUCUCAAACGUCAGACUGUUGUAACAUGUUUUGCUACCCUGAAGAAGAGUCAUGCUGAAGAUGAUGCCAUCUCAUGUUUGGUGCUUGGCACAGAGAGUGCAAAUAUUUUCAUAUUGGAUCCCGAAGCCUUUACAAUUCUUAACAGUAUGAGUCUGCCUAGUGUACCAGUGUUCCUGUCAGUGUCUGGACUAUAUGAUGUUGAGUACCGCAUUAUUGUAGCAUGCCGCAAUGGUCAGAUUUACACACUGAAGCGUGGUACAAAAAUUGGUCGUCCAACUGCUGAGCUAACAUCCCAGCCAGUUGGUUUACUGAAGCGAGACAAGACCACCAUUGUAGCCACAAUGGAUCAGAAUCUUCAUUCUUUUAACAAUAAGGGUAAACGCUUGUGGUCGCUCAAGCUUCCAGCUGCCAUAACCUGCGUUGAGACCCUUGAGAUCCGUACCCUUGGCCUUACACUAACAGCUCUUGGAAUGGCUGACAACCGUGUCAUGAUUUAUCGUGAUAAGCAUUUGGUCGACACUAUAUAUACUGAAGACAGAAUAUCAGCCAUGAAAUUUGGCCGCUUUGGCCGUGAAGAUAAUACUUUGGUGCUGGUGAUGAAAGGUGGGGGUCUUCUCGUAAAAAUUUUGAAGCGAACUGCACGUUUUGAGAUUGAAGAAGCUCAGGGAUCUUCUCAUGCACUUGCUGUGAAACUCAACAUACCCAAGAAAACAAAACUUUUUGUUGAUCAAACUAUGCGUGAGAGAGAAAACUGUGUGUUGAUGCACAGAGUGUUCCAACAUGACUUGUACCGUCUACGACUCAACACAGCUCGUGCUUAUGUUCAGUCUCUGGAGACCAGUAGCAAUCCUGUUUCUCUUUCGCAGACAGAGCCUUUAAAACUUUCUGCACAGGUCUUGGGACUGGGGCCAACAUUUAAACUUAGAGUUGAGCUACAGAAUACCUCCUCUACAUCUCCUUCUCUACAAUUGGCUGUCAUAUUCCACUGUGACGACCGUAUCUACAGUGUUAACAAAUCAUACAUUCAGAUUCCAAUACUUAUACCAGGCGUCAUUCACGUAGCAGAAACACUUGUCACAUGCAUAUCAGAGCUGGGGAUCUCAGACACUGUACGCGUAUUUGUUGUGAAGGGGAAAGCCUCACGACCUUUGCUCACUGCUGUCAUCAGCAUGCCAGUGGCAGAAAUUUUCAUGGGCUCCUAAAAACUAGCAUGACUGAGCUGUUAUGUAUUGCAAAGUGUUUGUAAAGGAAAACUAGUCAUUGUUUAUGUUAAUAUUUUUAUUUUCAUAUGUAUGUACUGUAUAUUGUAAUUCAAGUACAUAUUUUCCAUAAAAACUAUAUACAUGUAUUGUAUAUAUGUAUAUAUACUAUAUAUAAAUUCUAUAUAAACAAGAAUACUUCAUG